CACCGCGGAGAGCGGCGGUCAGUGAUGGAGCUGCUGCCAUGACAACCCCGGCGGUCGGGGCCCGCGCGCGUCGGGGCUGCUCCCGGGAGGCCGGCGGCGCGGAGGCCGGGGGCGGCCGCUGAGCUUGGCGUCCGCACGGCUCCGGGGCCGGCAGCGCCUCGCCUUGCCCAGCAAGCGAGCGAGCGAGCGAGCGAGGGGCCGCCGCCGCAGAGACCGCCCAGGCUAGACCGGCCGCAUCGCGGCGGCUGCAGCGCGCAUUUGGGCUCGGAGGAAGUUGACCGAGGCGGCUGCCGCAGCAACCCCCGUCCGGAUCGCACGAAGCCCGGCGUAGCCUCCCUCUCCUGCUGUCUCACCCUUGCGCCUUCUGCGUGCUCCACUUUUAGGCUCUGCUAUUGUUACAGACUUAUCUGCUGGCCAUCCUUCUUCCGAAACUUACAAAGAAAGUAUUGGACCUGCCCUUGUUGGAACUGAGGAAUUCAGAUCAUCUCUGGGUGGCCGGAUCCAACCCAUUCCUGUCCCCUUCUAGUACCAAAGUGCUUACUCCUCUCCCAAGUGCCAUGCCUGAACUGUUAACGCAAGGAAGGGGCUCCUGAGACGUGCCCGCACCUUCGCACCUGUCUGGCGCUUCUCCUCUCUCGGCCACCUUCUCGGCCAAGCAGCACAGAGGCAGCCCCCUUUGGAUGUCCUCCGUGGAAACCGCUUCUCCGAGGCUGGAGCGCUGAGGCUCGAUUUGGGGAGGAACACCCGACUUGGAGGAGUCUGCGCGCUUUUUCUCCAGCCCGCGCCUCCGGGUCCCCGUGCUCGCUCCCCCACCCCACCCACUUCCUGUGCGCGCCUGGGGGGCGUGUGCCGAGCCGCCGCCGGAGUUCUGGGAAGUUGUGGCUGUCGAGGAUGGGGGUCUGUGGGUCCCUGUUCCUGCCCUGGAAGUGCCUCGUGGUCGUGUCUCUCAGGCUGCUGUUCCUUGUACCCACAGGAGUGCCCGUGCGCAGCGGAGAUGCCACCUUCCCCAAGGCGAUGGACAACGUGACGGUCCGGCAGGGGGAGAGCGCCACCCUCAGGUGCACGAUUGACAAUCGGGUCACCCGGGUGGCCUGGCUGAACCGCAGCACCAUCCUCUACGCCGGGAAUGACAAGUGGUGCCUAGACCCCCGCGUGGUCCUCCUGAGCAACACCCAGACCCAGUACAGCAUCGAGAUCCAGAAUGUGGAUGUGUACGAUGAGGGCCCCUACACCUGCUCUGUGCAGACGGACAACCACCCCAAGACAUCCCGCGUCCACCUCAUCGUGCAAGUAUCUCCCAAAAUUGUGGAGAUUUCUUCAGAUAUCUCCAUUAACGAAGGCAACAACAUCAGCCUCACCUGCAUAGCAACGGGUAGACCGGAGCCCACGGUUACCUGGAGACACAUCUCCCCCAAAGCCGUGGGCUUUGUGAGUGAAGACGAAUACCUGGAAAUCCAGGGCAUCACCCGGGAGCAGUCAGGGUACUACGAGUGCAGCGCCUCCAACGACGUGGCGGCCCCGGUGGUGCGGAGAGUCAAGGUCACCGUGAACUAUCCUCCAUACAUUUCAGAAGCUAAGGGGACCGGCGUGCCUGUGGGACAGAAGGGGACCCUGCAGUGCGAAGCCUCCGCAGUUCCCUCGGCAGAAUUCCAGUGGUACAAGGACGACAAAAGGCUGGUUGAAGGAAAGAAGGGGGUCAAAGUGGAAAACAGACCUUUCCUCUCAAAACUCAUCUUCUUCAACGUCUCUGAACACGACUAUGGGAACUACACGUGUGUGGCCUCGAACAAGCUGGGUCACACCAAUGCCAGCAUCACACUGUUCGAGCUAAGUGAGCCUACAAGCUCAUCUUUGUUGCAAGGCCCUGGUGCCGUCAGCGAAGUGAGCAAUGGGACGUCGUCGAGGAGGGCAGGCUGCCUCUGGCUGCUACCUCUCCUGGUCUUGCACCUGCUCCUCAAAUUUUGAUGUGAGAGCCGCAUCCCCAACGGGGAGGAGCCGCCGCACCGCCAACACGUCAGCGAUGGCGACCGACAGCAACAAGGCGAGCACCCCUGUUCUAAAGCAGACACAAUCCCACCAAAUUCAGACAACAGAGCCGAAGGGGACACAAAUUCGAGGGAGGGGAACAAAGAAUGCUCUGGGAAAACGAAUUGAACGAGGACACUGGAAAUCACCGUGCAGAUACCUAGGUACAGCCGAGUUUUCUUUCUUUUUCCAAAUGGGAAGAACGCCCGUGGCUCUGGACCCACCCGUAAACUGCAUGGCGUGACCUCUGUUACCAGGCGGGCAGGGGCUCAGCCGCUCUGCCCACCACAGUGCCCCCCAACCAAGGAAAAUUCUGGAGGUCGGCCACCCCAAAUUCAACCAUUCCAUAGAGAAGAACUCAGAGGGAGGCGAGCGGGCCCGUUCCUGGACUGUGUCCCUAUGUUGUGUGUGUGAUGAAACGCAGCAUCAAAAAGAUAAAUAAAAAGGAAAAAAACAA